UCAGAAUAAAUUUUUUCACUUAAAAAUUUACAGUACCUCCCAACCUUCAUCCCCCAUUGGAGAUGGAACUUGUCUACUCUCCAAAGACCCUGAAGUGCUCAGAGAAUGUACUUCUGAUGAAUUUAAACGGCCAGAAGAAACAAUGGCGCAGGGUUUGAAGAGGCACGCUGUUAAUUUGCUACACUUCUUUGUAGAAGAUUGGUUUAUUUCUGCUUUACUUGGUUGUAUAACUGCAGCACUUUCUAUAUCUGUAGAUGUUAGCUAUGAAUAUUUGAAUCACUAUCGCGCUGUCCUCUUCGACUUUGCCCGAGAUUACGAUAAAAUGCUUGGUUUUGUUUCUUGGGUUGGUUAUCUAGGAUUUUUUGUUACAGCAGCAGCUCUCGUAUGUAAAUAUAUUUCUCCUCAAGCUAUUGGUUCUGGAAUUCCCGAAGUGAAAGUAAUUAUGAAUGGCUUUUUUCUUCCCAAUUAUUUAACUAUGAGGACAUUAGUAGCUAAAGUGCUUUCUCUGACGUUAACGUUGGGGAGUGGAUUGCCUGGACCAUUCGUCCAUAUGGGGGCAAUUGUUGGCCAUUUGUUAAGUAAAUUAACAAAAGCAUGGCAGAGCACAGCAUUUUUCUCGAACGAGGGAAGAGAAAUAGAAAUUUUGGCUUCUGGUUGUUCUGUUGGAAUUGCUUGUACUUUUAGUUCUCCUGCUGGAGCAGUUUUGUACGGAAUUGAAUGUACACAUAAAUAUUUUGCUGUAAAAAAUUAUUGGCGAGCUUUCUUUGCUACAACUUGUAGUGCUUUGAUUUUUCGUUUUGCUAAUGCUGCAAUUAUUCCCCCACAUAUUGCUGUUGAAGAAAUUAUUUGUUUUGUAAUUAUUGGCUUGAUUUGUGGUUUAUUCGGUGCCUUUUUUGUUCUCCUCCAUAGACGAAUUACUUACUUUAAAAAAAGGAAUAGAACAUUCAAAGCAAUUUUUGGGAGAAAUUCCCUUUCUUUUACAAUUUUUAUGGCCAUUAUUGUUGGCAUUAUUACUUAUCCUGAUGGUUUUGGUUACUUUUUUGCGGGAAAGGCGAACUUUAUUGCCAACUGUACAAUGUCUUUGCAUAAUGUUAGCAGUUCUAUGGGUUGUUCUGCUAAAAUCAUUCAACGUUGGACUAUAGAUAAUUGGGAAAGAGAAGGGCCAACAGAUAGAUCUACAGCUUUGGAUGGAUCAAUGGAUGCUACUAUUUUUAUGCCAAAUGUAUUCCCGGCACUUAUUGGCUAUUUGUUCGUCAAUUUUUUUCUUGUUGCAAUUUGCAUAACAUUGGCCCUUCCAGCAGGAAUUUUUGUUCCCUCUUUUGUGAUUGGUGCUUGUGGGGGCAGAAUUAUUGGAGAAUUGAUGGUUGUUAUGUUUCCAGCAGGCAUUAGAGGUGUUGAUGGUCCCCAAAUUUAUCCUGGCUUGUAUGCUGUUGUGGGAGCAGCAGCCUAUACAGGUGCUGUUACCCAUUCAUUGUCUAUCGCCGUUAUUGUAUGCGAAACUACAGGACAACUGAGUCCUUUAUUACCUGUUUUAGUAGCCCUAAUGGUAGCUAAUGCUGUCAGUUCUUUUCUACAGCCUUCUAUUUACGAGUCAAUAAUAAACAUUCGAAAAUAUCCUCAUUUGGCAGAAUUGCCACCUUCUCGUAUUAGUGUACACACACUUAAAGUUGAACAGAUUAUGGUUCGAGAUGUUGUUUUCAUUACAAAAUUAACUAGCUACAAAGAAUUGAGAGAAUUGCUGCUGGCUACGCCUCAUUUGAGAUCUUACCCGUUGGUUACUGACGAAGAAGAAAAAAUUCUUCUCGGUUCUGUUUCACGUAAAUAUCUUCAUUUCUUACUGACUGACCGUCUUGGCCCCGACCCUUCUUUAUUAUUACAUAGAAGUCGUAGAAGGAAAAGCAGACCAACAACAACAACAAAUACAGAAAAUACUGGAGAAAAUAUAAAUUUAAACAAUAAAAGAUUGGACAGUAUAAGUAGAAGGAAUGUUGAAUCCAUGCGUUUAUUGCCUGGGGCAAUGCCGCCAAAAAUGUCGGUUAUUAAUGAAAGGAAUUUGUUUGGAAAUACACUUCUUUCAAUCAGUCCUCUGCAUGAAGAUAGAGGAUCAAAAAGAAAUGUUCUAGCUCCAUUAUUAUUAAGGCAACAAGGAUUUCACCAAAUGCCGUUGUCUUCUAAAUUGGACGGCGUCCGUUCUUCUCGUAAUCGUUCUGCAUUACUUCGACAACCUAUCGACCUAGAUGAUGAAUUGGCUAUUGAUGCAGCCCCUUUUCAAUUAGUUAUUGGAACAAGUCUAUACAAAGUUCACACACUAUUUUCUCUCUUAGGCUUAAAUCAUGCUUAUGUUACACAUAGAGGACGUUUAGUGGGAGUUGUGGCACUCAGAGAGUUACGAGCAGCCCUAGCCAACAUAUAUACACGUGGAGCAGUUCCCCCAGACCAGUCAAUGUCCAGACUUCGACUCAACAGUUCUGGCAAUGAUUUAAUUCUUGGAAUUUCAAAUAAUAAUACAAAUAGUAGAAAUAAUAGUGAAGAAAAUGAAGGGAAUAAUAAUAAUAUUUAUUGUCAAACUACUCCAAGUACUGUUGCCGUUAGUGAUGUUGGCGGGGGAAGUGGUGAAGGGGAAGAGAAUAAUAAUAUUACUACUAGUACUACUACUAGUGUAUUCCCAACACCAGAAAAUAAUCAAAACCAAAACAAAAAUUUAACAGAAAAUUUACUUGAAAUAAAUCAACAACAGCCAGACACCUUAUCUCCCCCAAUUUCCUUCUUGUCCACUUCCUCCUCAAAAAUUCCAAAAAAUUCUUCCCCAACUUCCUCAACAACAACAACCACAAAUUCCUCCUCUUCCCCUUCUUUUGUAAACGAAUUAGAAGAAAUAUUGCAUUUUGGAUCCCAACAAGUUGGAAAUUUUGAAGAAAAUACUGAGGAGGAUUGGGCAACUAUUGAAAGGCCUAGAGCACACAGCGAUUUUGGAUUUGGGAAAAAUGGUGGAAAUUCUAAAAAAUUAACUCAAAGGAGACCUUGGAGAAGAUGA